CAGGUUGUAGAACUAACAAGCUAGUGCCUCUCGGGGCCCGGCUUCUGUCUCUCGAAGUGGAUCCCGAACUGAAUCAGAUACUGGAACUGAAACUGAGCUGGGCCGGAAACCGAGACUCGAGAGACUCAGUCUCGAGUGCGAUAUUGGCGAGUGUGAACGUGUUUACUGGGGCUUCGACUGCCAACACUCGAAACCAACUCUACGAUGGCAACUGCGCGGCGGCUUCCCUGGCAGAAGCCUCUUUAUUUAUUCAUCUGGCUGUGCCUGGCUUUGGAUCUAAGUCGAGCAGCUCGAGUGCCCAGCGAUCAGUUCGUGUUUCCCUCGGAGUCGAAGGAAACUCCGCCCGUCCGGCUGGAGUCCAGACUCAGGGAAAUCGAGCGGCAAAUGGGGGAGGUCAUCAGGGCCACGAAUGUUACCCUCGUGAUCCCCAAGGAGGGCAAGGAGGGCAGGAAGGGCACUUCCAGAACCGCUACUAGCGAAAACUCCACACACGAACCGGAAAACACACCCGCUGAAACCGGAAGGUCGAUCCCAGAGGCGAGGGGGGUUGACUUGCCAACCCCUCAGGGAAGUAAAACCCUCCGUCCCUCCAGCGAAUCCAAGAUGGUCACCUUCGUCAAAGAAUCAGAAUCAAAUGUAACCGCUCCUUGGGAUCAAACCCAAGCCUCCAUUGUUUCCGAUCCCGACAGCGUGAUUAUUGGGCCAAGGAUUGUCCUGGAAACCACGAAAAUUUGUCCGAAGGGAACUGUGCUGACCGUUAAUGACCACUGCCGCAAGAUUGCCUAGCAAAGGGUUUAGUUCUUCAAUAAGUAUCUUAAAAGCAAUGCUCUGAGGAAUACUGAGAUUUAAAAGCUAAGCAUUGAAAAGCCUUAAUCGUCAGUGCUGAUGAGAUUGGUAAGCCAGUAAUUGCAAAGGCAUUUCCAAAAAAGUGAAAAUAAGUCGCCUAAACAAUCUAUUUGUAUAGAUACCAAAAAUUAUGUAAAAAAGCAAAAAUAAAUAAGUUCUAAAAUCUGUAUUAUAACAUA